AUGGCCCCUCCCGUCGAGCCCCCGACCACCAUCACUCUGAGGGUCAAGGUGCCGCCAGGACACAUACCAGGCAUUGCCGACGAGUUCACCCUGGGAAACGACAUCGCAGUGAGCUUGAAGAUCGGUCAGAUCCGGGCGCGAUUGCAGGAAGCGAUACCCUCGAGCCCAACGCCCGAGCGACAGCGACUGCUGUACAGUGGACGCGCAUUGAUCGACAACGAUCAGACAGUGGCAGAUGCGCUGAACAUACGCCGAGACCCUACUCAGAACGAGUAUGUGGUGCACCUACUCGUCAAGGGCAAUGGGGACGCGACUGCACCUCUUCCUCACCGGACUGGACUGAAUACAACCCCAACCCGAUCUGGAAGUCCGGCUACCGUGCCCACUCCGCCUGGUGCACCACACCUUCCUCCUCAACAGCUUCACAAUCCGAAUGCGAUCUCCCCCAUACAGCUGCAACAACCGCCCGGACACGCCCCACCGGGGUUCUUGCCGCCCGGACAUGCACACCCCACUCCUCCGCAGCACCUGCAGCAACAUCAGGCUGCAGUGUUGGCCCAGCAGCAGCGUAUGCAGAUCCAAAUGAUACAGAACGCCCAACAGCGUGCAUUGCAUACCGGACUCGUCCCAUUUGGAUUCCAGCCAAUGAACUUCGGUGUACAGGGUCCUGUGGGAAUGCAAGGUCAGGUCGCGCCGCCUGGUGCGCCUGCGGUGCCUCAUGAAGGUCAGAACGUGGGUGUAGGAGAGCAUCAUCAAGGUGAUGGACAGCAAGAUACCGCACAACAAGCAGAUGGUGGCAGCCAUACCCAUCCACAAUCGGGCGAAGGACAGCAUGCACAACACCAUCCUGGUCUUAACGUGCCACCUGCUCCACCUCGACCUUUGAGCGAACAAGGCUUUCACGUGGAGGGUGUCGGUCCUAAUGGUCAACGCAUCACCAUUCAUCAGCAGACUCUCCAGUUUCCAAACAUCCAAAUGGCAGCGCAGCACAUGCCCUUAGGCGCGAACAUGAUGCCUACAAAUCUCCCGGCGCUGGGACUGCCACCACUGCCAGGUAUGCCACAGCAUCAACAAGGCCAACCUCAACGGCCAUCUGCGCUGGAUCAAGCUCGAGACAAUAUCGCCGAGAUGCGUCGUGUGUUGACCGAGCUCAGAGACAUGGUCACAGAAGAGCAUCGCGAGCAAAUCGACCGCCUCGAAGAGCGCACGCAGGCUGUCAAUAACUACAUCGAUCCUUUGAGUCUGCAUGGUUCAGGUCCAGACCGUGGUCGUGGUCCCGUGAGAAUGGGACCAUCGAUUGGCGGACUACCAGGAGGUCUCGCGAUACCACGCACACAGACUGGACCUCAUCUCGGCCAAGUUCCGAGCUGGCGACAGCGUGCACGUCAAGUGAGGGACGCACAACAAGCUUUGAACCAAGGUCAGAUCAGUACGGACGCAAAUGUAACUUGCUACUUGCUUUCGUCUCCGAGUGGGCCCCACGCUCUCGUCUAUUCACCACAGCACGGCACGUUCACUGGACAGCUGCCACAUCAUCAGUCCUUCGGCAUGAGUGGCCUUCAACCAACACCUACAACCACUGUUGUACCAGCCGGAGCCGCACAAGAUCAGGGCAAUCAGCCAGGUCAAGCGAAUGCAGCUGCACAGGCGCCAGCUCAGGGCCAAGCGGCAGCGGCAGCGGCGCGAGCCAACCUCCUUGGACUGAUGGAGCCGAUCAUGGGCCAUGUGUGGCUACUAUUACGAAUCUUGAUCUUUAGUUACUUCCUCCUAGGCACAAACAUGGGCUGGCAACGACCUCUUGCACUGCUUGCGAUCGCUGGAGGCUUCUGGAUGAUUCGCCUGGGAUUUCUCGGUGAUGGUGGCGCGUUGCGGAGAUGGUGGGAAGGCAUUGUUCAAGAAGGUCAGCAACGUGCACCUGCAGCUCAGCAACCUGGAGCAGAUGGACAACCACAGCCUGUCCAGCAACAGAAUCAAGAUCCAGCUGCACCAGGUCAAGCCGCCAGACCAGCGCAGAUGCCGACUCCAGCACAAGUAGCUCAGCGUCUGCUGGACGAGGAACAGCGUCAGCGCAAUGCAAAUCGCGAUCAGCGUUGGCAGUGGGUUCGUGAGCAAGUGCGACCUGCCGAGCGUGCUUUGGCUCUUCUAGUCGCAAGUCUUUGGCCAGGUGUAGGCGAGGCUUACGUCCGAGCUCGUGAGCAGGAGGCAAGACGACUGGCCGAAGAGGAAGUUGCAGCCAGGCGACGCGAGGAGGAAGAGCGACAGCGCAAAGAAGCAGAGGAGAAAGAGAAGUCGGAAGGAGAGGAGAAGACUGAAGCUAUUGCUGAGCCCACUACGACUUCCGAUUCUGCUAGUGGGCUGCACCAGGAGGGUUCGGGUUCAAACGGUGCAGUGCAGGUGGAUACUCAUGAGUAA